AUGAGCAAAGAGCAACUGGUAGCUGUUGUUGAGGAAAGAAGUGAAGAAAAGCUUUCGACUCUUCUCACUGAUAUUUUUAAUAUAUCAAAAGAGCGCCGAGGGGCUCAGAAAAUUUGCGGAGACGGAAUUUUCAAUUAUAUAGUCACUCAUUUGGAAACUUUAAGGGGUCUGAAGCAAGAGAACAUAACUCGACAAAUCGUGUAUUCUAUAAUAAAACGCCCAACUCUAUCUUCUUCAUUGACAUGUGAGGAAGUCGUUGAAAUUGUGAAAAGUGGUGUUUGGAAGGAGAACAUUGACAUAUUGAGGUCACUUUUGCGUACCGAGCAACAAAUUAGUUGUUUAGUUUCUUUUACUAUUGAUAUAAAGAAUGUUCUUGAGACCAUCGACCUUCGUAGCUCUUCAAGUGCGUCUUAUGUCAUUGCAAAGUUAGCUCCAAAGUAUCCCGCCACCUUCGAGCCGUUCAUCUAUACUAUUGUCGACAUUCUAUGUGAAGAUAAAGAACUUCAAAACGACUCAAUUAAUGCCAUGGGUGAAGCCUUAAUGGCUCUGUGUAUGUCCUCCACUGAAAAAAUACAAAUCGCAACAAAAAUCGAUGAAAAAUUGGUUGCUCUCAGAGACUCGACAAAAAACGUGAUGGUCCACUCCCUUUCCAAUGAUGUUGUCAAUGCACUCCGACAGUAA